GUUCUUGGCAACUGGAGAUUCGUACCAGACGAUAGCCUUCAGUUUUCGAUUAGGCCAUUCGACUGUGCAAGGAAUUGUCAUCGAAGUAUGUAAUGCAAUUAUCUUAAAACUAAAAGAAGAAUGCAUCAAAACUCCUCAAAAAGAAGAUUGGGAGCGAAUAGCAAAUGAGUUCUGGGAAAUUUGGAAUUUUCCCAAUUGCAUUGGUGCUUUGGACGGAAAGCACGUUGUGAUUGAAGCCCCUCCAAACACUGGCUCAUUAUACUAUAAUUAUAAAAAAACGUUUUCGAUUGUUCUUCUAGCAUUAGUUGACGCCCAAUAUAAAUUUACCGUUGUUGAUAUUGGUGCGUUUGGAAAAAAUAGUGAUGGAGGUAUUCUAUCACAUUCAAAUUUUGGAAAAGCUCUUGAAAAAAAUAAACUUCACAUUCCAAAUAAUCGAGCAUUACCGGGUACAAAUGAAAAGUUACCAUAUGUUAUUAUAGGUGACGAAGCUUUUCCAUUAAAGAAUUAUUUACUAAGACCAUAUCCAGGACCUCAAAUGUACAGCGAUGUAAAAAAAAAAAUAUUUAAUGAACGACUAUCAAGAGCUAGAAAAGUAGUUGAAGACGCCUUUGGUCAAUUGACAGCUAAAUUUCGUAUAUAUUGCAGACGAUUAAAAUCGUUACCAGAAAAUGCAGAUAAAAUAGUAAUGACCACAUGCAUUUUACAUAAUUAUAUUAAACAAGACAGUAGUGAAAUUCAUACCAGCGAAGUAGCCGAUACAACAUCAUUGGGUAAUUUAUCGUCAUUUCCAAGACAAGGAGGUAGUGCUCAAAGGCAAGCGUUUCAAUAUCGUGAUCAGUUUAAGGACUUUUUUAACUCUCCAGCGGGAAAAUUACCAUGGGAGUAG